AUGGCGGACGCGGCGGUCGAAGUUCCUUACCUAUCGGCCCACUACUCAAUUCCCGAGGCUACUCUCACUUCCCUGACACAAACUCCGACCGUCGAACUGGUCAACGAGCUCCUGCAGUCGCUCACAAAGAAAGCGAACGAGUACGAUGGACUCAAGGCGGACAAGCUUCACCUCGAGGUGGAGCUUGACAAUACCAAACACAGCAGAGACUCGAAGAUCAAGGUCCUGAAGGCUGCAGUAGAGAAAGGUCACGCUGAAGUGGAAGACCUGAGGAAAAAAUUACACGAAUCCGAAAACACCCGAUCUGCCCUCGAAACAGAGAUUUCCACGCUCAAAUCGUCUACUACGUCGAACGAAUCCGACACAGCUUCUUUGAAGUCGCGCAUCUCCACAUUGGAGGCCGAGAAACGGGAGAGUCUGGCCUUGCUGGAAUCUAAAUCCGCUGCCCAUGACAAGCUCGCAGAGGAGCUCUCGACCCUUCACAAGAAAACAAUCGAGCUGCGUCGCGAACUCUCCGUCGCAGAGCAGAACCAGCAAAAGGCCGAAUCGGCUUCAGCAAGCGCACGCUUCCGGGAGCAAAGUCUGCAACAGGAGCUGGACCUCACGAAAAAGAACAACGAAUGGUACGAAACGGAAUUGAAGACAAAAAGCGCAGAGCACUUGAAAUUCCGCAAGGAAAAGAGUGCCCGCAUAUCUGAGCUGCAGCGUGAUAACGAAGAAGCGAACUCGACUAUCGAUUCUUUGCGACGCAGUGAGAAUUCUCUCAAGACACGUCUGAACGAGACUGAGCAGCGAUACGAGGAGUCGUUGGCCAGUAUCAGUCAACUUAAGGAGGAAGCAAUCCAAGCGUCUGAGUCCUUCCGCGUUGAACUCACUGCUACUCAGCGAUUGGCUGAAGUUCAAGGCACUGCCGCCAAAACGGCAAAGGAGCGCGUAGAAGAAUGCAAGCUCGAGUUGCAGAAGGCCAAGGACAGCGCAGCAGAGGAGAUCUCGCGUCUCCGUGUUGAGAAUGAGACUGAACACACGGAUAAACAGGCUGCGGAGCGCCGCAUUGCCGAACUGGAAGCAACUAUCUCGCAAUUGGAGUCUCAAGACCGGAAUCGUUCUAUGAGCCCUGCCCACUCCCUCAAUGGAGCAGGUCCAAGCACACCGAUGAGAUCUGGCACUCCUGGCGGUGCAUUUACCCCGCGAGCCUCUCGUACCAAGGGUGGUCUUACUCUUACUCAAAUGUACACCGAGUACGACAAGAUGCGAACGCAGCUCGCCUCUGAGCAGAGAAAUUCCCAAGAACUUCGUGUCGCCGUUGACGAGAUGGUGCAGGAGCUUGAAUCAAUCAAGCCCGAAUUGGACGAAGCUCAGACUGAUCGCAACCGUCUGGAAACCGCUGUCAUUGAAAUGUCUGAUUUGCUGGAGACUGCUGGCAAGGAGCGUGACAAUGCCAUGAAGGAAGCGAGAAAGUGGCAGGGCCAAAUCGAGGGUCUUGCUCGCGAAGGCGACAUCCUGCGUCAACAACUUCGAGAUCUGAGUGCCGAGGUCAAAGUUCUGGUGCUGGAGGUUGCAGUCGCCAAGCAAAGCGAGGACUAUGACCGCGAGGAACUGGAGAAGAUCGCACGGCAGGAGGUCGAGGAAGCAUCUGCAGAGCUCAAUCCGACUGGUCGUUUUAUCAGUCAGAACUUGACGACAUUCAAAAACCUCCAUGAGCUUCAGGAGCAGAAUCUUACCCUUCGUCGUAUGUUGCGUGAACUCGGUGACAAGAUGGAAGGCGAAGAAGCCCGUGCCAAGGAUGCCGUGCGCCAGAAAGAAGUUGAGGAAUUGAAGGAACUGCGAAUCCGUGUGCAGACCUACCAGGAUGAGAUUGCGAAUCUACUGGCUCAAUCCAAGAGCUACGCCAAGGAACGCGAUACUUUCCGCAGUAUGCUCACUCAUCGCCACCAAGCUGCUGGUGACACAUCAAUUUUCUCGCAGUCCGUCCCGCUUGGAGCCGCCCCCUUGGGUGCUACCGGAAACCAGAUCAAGGAUUCCCCAGACUAUGCCGAUUUGCUCCGAAAGCUGCAAGCCCAUUUUGACAGCUAUCGUGAAGAAACUUCCACCGACCACACGGCUCUCCGUCAGCAAGUCAAUGAGCUCUCUCGCAAGAAUAGCGAGCUUCUCAGCGAAAUUAGCCGGUCCAGCAGCCAACUUGCGGCCGCUACUUCGCGCGGUGAACUUCUUCAAAGUAAUUUCAAUAUGCUGAAGAGUGAAAAUGGCGAGCUCCAAAAGCGCUAUUCCUCCAUCCUCGAAAACGCAAACCGACAAGACCUUCGCACACAACAGGCGGCUGAAGAUCUCGUCGAAGCGAAGGGUCUCAUUGAAAGCCUUCAGCGUGAGAAUGCAAACCUCAAGGCCGAGAGAGACCUACUGAAGACUGUGGAGAAGCGCCUUUACGAAGACCUGGAGAAUCUGCGCAAUGAACGCAGCAGACUUGAUACCCUGAACGGCAAUAUGCAAAGCAUGUUGAAUGAACGCGAGCAUACCGACUCGGAAAACCGUCGCCGACUUGAGUCAACUGUCGAGGGUCUCGAAUCUGAGCUGCAGUCUACUAAGCGCAAGUUGAAUGAGGAGACGGAGAACUCACGACGGGCCACACUACGCCGGGACUACGAGCAAGAACAGAGCCAAAAGCGUAUCGAUGAUUUGAUGACUAGUCUCAGCUCUGUUCGUGAAGAGUUGGUUGCUAUAAAGACAACUAAAGAUCACCUUCAGUCUCGUGUGGAUGAGCUCACUGUCGAACUAAAGAGCGCCGAGGAGCGUCUCCAGGUCUUGCAAUCACGCCCAAGUGUUUCCGCCGCGCCCACUGAGGCUCCUGUUGCUACACAAGAUACGACUGACGGCAGCGGCCUGACACGCGAGCAAGAACUAUCGAUUGAAGUUUCCGAGCUCAAGCGUGACCUUGAUUUGGCCAAGAACGAACUCGCUCAUUCCAAGGAACGCGUCGAAGAGUACCAAGCAAUUAGUCAGUCGACGGAAGAACGCAUGGAAUCGGAAGCCGAAACCCACGCUCAAUAUCGCGAAGAGACCGAUCGUCUUCUUGAAGAGCGCAGCAAGAAGAUUCAGGACCUCGAGACCAGAAUCGAGGAGAUCUCAACGGAAAUGUCUACCAAUGCUUCUGAGUUGACUAAACUUCGUGAGGAGCAAAACGAAGCCGCGCGGCAUCUCGAGGAGCAGAAGGCAAACCUGGAGUCGGAAAUCACCCGACUGAAGGAUGACAAUGAGCGUCACCUUGAGGCCGCUAGAUAUCACCAGGAGGACAUCAAGGCCCAAGCCGAGAUUGCCCAAACUGCCCAGCAGAAUUAUGAGAACGAGCUCGUCAAGCAUGCCGACGCUGCCAGGAACCUACAGGCUGUUCGGGCCGAAGCCAAUCAAGUGAAACUUGAGAUGGUCGAAGUUCGCACUCAAGCAGAAACCCUCAAAAAGGACCUGGCCCAGAAGGAGGAGAGCUGGGCCGAACAGAAGGCCAGGUACGAUACUGAGCUUUUGGAAUUGCAAAAACGCCGGGAGGAGGUUCUCCAUCAAAAUUCCUUGCUGCACGAGCAGGUUCAAGGCGUUACUGCCCAAAUUUCCGCUCUUCAGCGUGACAAGGCGAACUUCUCUGAAAACGACGAAGAAGGGGAAGAGAUGGCACCGAAUCUGGAACGUCAACAACAACUCAUUAGCUGGCUGCGCAAGGAGAAGGAAAUCCUGGACCUUCAGCUGCAAUGCUCGAACUCAGAGAAGGAUAGGCUGCAACGGCAAUUCGACUACACGCAAACCCAACUCGACGAAACACGCCUCAAGCUCGAACAGCAACGUCGUGCUGCUGCAGAUAGCGACCAAAAUACUCUCAACCACAACAAGCUCAUGGAAACCCUUAAUGAGUUGAAUCUUUUCCGCGAGAGCAGUGUUACCCUUCGCAAUCAAGUCAAGCAAACCGAGACGGCCCUUGCUGAGAAGUCAGCUCGCGUGGAUGAGCUUGUUCAGCAAAUGGAACCUAUGCAGACCAAGAUUCACGAGCUUGAGAACCUUGUUGAGUCUAAGGACGGAGAGAUGCAGCUGCUGCAAGCCGAUCGUGAUCAUUACCAGAAGCGCAUCCAAAACAUCCUACAAAAAUACGACCGAGUCGACCCUCAAGAGAUGGAGUCUCUGCAAGAAAAGCUCGCCACUCUCGAGAAAGAACGUGACGAAGCCAUCACUGCUCGCGAAGAGCUUGCAUCUGCGCGUGAUGCCCUCACGGCUGAAAUCGAACAAAACAAAACUGCCGCCGAGGCUCGCGUACAGGAACUGAGAACCAAGCUGACGGAACAAUUUAAGGGCCGAUCUAAGGAGCUAUCAGGUCGCAUCAACAGCAAACAGGCAGAACUCACUGCAGCACUGCAGGAGAAGGAGGUGCUGCAGGACGAGCUCAAUACCACCAAGGCCGAGCUCGAGACAUUGAAGACGAAGAUGUCAGAGACCCCCGCAGCUGCUGUUGAUUCCACUCCAGCUUCAACUCCCGUCCCUAAUGCUGCCGCCCCCGUCCCGGCCGAGGCGGCUCCAGUCAAUCCAACCCCUGCCUCUCAAUUCCCUACAGCCACCACUCAGGUCGUUUCCGGUGGCGACGAGCAGAAGAUCAAGGAGCUGGAGGCUAAAAUCCAGCGCCUGGAGGCUGCUCUUGCCGAGAAGGACGGUCAUUUGGCUACUAAGGAUGCUGAGCUGGAAGCGAAGCUCAAGGAGCGUUCUGAUAAGCUCAAGGAGAUGUACAACACCAAGUUGAACGAAUUCAAGGCAGCGCAGCGCAAGGAAGCGGAAAGCAUGUCUACUGGAGAACAAUCCGCUCCGGCUACCCCUGCCCCAACUGCUGAACAGCCGCCAUCUACGCCUUCAAAGACAUCGGUGCUUCCUGAGCUAACCGACGCUCAAGCCCGUGAACUUCUUUCUAAAAACGAAACUCUGCGCACGAUCAUGCGAAACAACAUUCGCAACCAUGUCGACCGAGCGAAGCAGGCCCAAGCAGCCUCUGGUUCCAACGAUGCAGCCCUGUCGGAAGCCCAACAAAAGCAUAUCGAAGAGCUGGAAGCCCUCAGGAAGACACUUGAGGAGGAAAUGGACGACAAGGUCAAGUCUGCCGUUGAACUUUCGGAUAAGAAAUCACUUGCCCGUAUCAGCAUGCUUGAUGGUCAAAAGCGGACUGCCCAGACCAGACUGGACGUUGUGAAAAAGGCCGCCGAAGACACGCCACAGAAGCCUGUCAUUGAAGUAUGGGAAGUAGCUAAGAUUGCUCGGCCUCCACCUGUAGCUUCUCAAGCUCCAAAGCCGGCGGCUGUCGCGUCGCCUGCCCAACCUGCCUCUCCGGCACCUCCUGCGGCACAGUCCGUUCAACCAGCCGCGGCUGCUUCUAUCAAUACUACUCCUGCGGUACCCUCGCCUACGCCUGCUACCGAACCGACUCCAUCGCCUGCAAUUGGAGCAGAAUCAACCCCUGCCGAAACCCAGCAAGCCGAAGGAUCUGCAGAGCAGACCCCUGCCGUCCCUGUCAACCCCUUUGGACAACAAGCCCAGCAGCCUCAACAGAGCCAGCAGCAGGCCCCUUCCUUGCCGAUUAAACCUCCUGCACACACCCCACCAGGCAUGCUGAGAGCUCUACAGUCAAACCUCCCCAUUGCCCGUGGUGGUGGUGGUAGUCGUGGGGGUCGAGGCGGGGCCCAGCAGCCCCAUCUCGGUCACGCUCAACAGCAACCGGCCGAUCAGCAGCAACAGGCUCUGGGCCAGUCACAAGGCAAUCGUGGUUCUGGUCUCCCUCGGGGCCGUGGUGGACGCGGAGGUCAAGGCCGAGGUGGUAAUCAGCAAAACCAGCAUGCCACUGUUCAAAACCAGGCGCCUAGCCCAACGGCGGCUCGUGGGGGCAUGAAUCCCGGGGCUCGUCAGUUCGUCCCGCAUGGCAACAAGCGCACUCGUGAUGAGGCAUCCGAUACUCCCACUGAUGCGAACACUAGUGGGAAGCGUAUUCGAGGUGGCGGCGGUGGUGGACAGGCUCGUGGUGGCGCAACUGCCUGA